AAACUUUCUUCUCAUUGUUCAUCUUCAAUCUCUCUCACAUCGUACGUUGGUGUGAUCUCAUCUAUCUAAAGAUCGUUUUAUGAAGGUAACGUUUGUGAGAAACCGUGAUAAUGAUGGAUGAUGACAAAGUCUCCAAUGACUUUUCUUUACAGCCUGAUGAUCUCAAUGUCCAUACCUCGACCCCUUUCGGUAGUAUUAUAUUCGAUUCAUCGAUUUGUGAUCUCUUAAACUUGGAAGAAGAUGGUGGAGGAGACACACCAAAUCUUGUACCGGAACAUAACCCGUUUCUUGAUUCUUUGGAUGGAAAUCAAGAAACAGAGUCUCCAAGUGUGUAUAUUGCACCAAAGGUCAUGAUUAAUCAUCAAGACUCGUUUUCGCUUGAUUCUCGAAUCGAUGACUACAUCGAAGAUGCAAAGGUUUUGCCUGGAGGGAUUCAAGAUCUUGGUCUUUCACGUCUUAGAGUUCCUGGCUCACCAAGAGCUUUUAUUCAUCCGAGAUCUUCUGUAUCACCGCGUUUCGGAUCGCCUACUAGUCCUGUCUUGAUCGAUACCGCUGCACCGUUUGAAUCGGUUAAAGAAGCAGUUUCAAAAUUUGGUGGGAUCACAGAUUGGAAAGCACAUAAAAUCCAGACAAUUGAGAGAAAGAAGACAGUGGAUCAAGAGCUUGAGAAGAUACAAGAAUAUAUGCCUGAGUACAAGAAACAAGUGGUUGUAGCAGAAGAGGCGAAGGAGCAGGUGGUGAUGGAGCUUGAGAGGACAAGGAGUGUUGUCGAGGAACUAAAACUAGAGCUAGAGAAGGCUGAGAAAGAGGAGCAACAAGCAAAACAAGACUCUGAUCUUGCGAAGCUUCGAGUGGAGGAAAUGGAGCAAGGGAUAGCUGAUGAGGUGAGUGUCGCAGCGAAAUCGCAGCUCGAGGUGGCUAAAGCGAGACAUUUAUCCGCGGUUUCUGAGUUAGGAACCAUAAGAGAAGAGAUACAAGUAAUGUCUAAUGAGUAUGAGUCUUUGUUGAGGGAAAAAGAUUCGGUUGCGAAAAGAGCAGAGGAUUCAGUUUUGGAAGCUAAAGAUGUUGAGAGAAAGAUGGAAGGUUUGACAAUAGAGAUGAUUGCCACUAAGGAGUUAUUGGAGUCAGCUCAUGCAGCUCAUCUUGAAGCUCAAGAAAAUAAAUUUGAAGCAGCCAUGGCUCGGGAUCAGGAAGUUUAUAAUCAGGAGAAGGAACUCAAAAUGGUUGAAGAACAGAUUGAAAAGCUUAGACAAGAGAUUGAUGCAGCUGAUGAUGUGAAAACCAAACUACAUACUGCUUCUGCACUUCAGAAAGACUUGAGGGCUGAAAUAGCGGCUUAUAAAGAGUCAAACAUGGGAAAGAGAAACAAUAGUGACAUACAAGUAGCGGUUGAUUCCGCGAGGAAUGAGCUCGAAGAAGUUAAAGUAAACAUUGAGAAAGCAAAUUCCGAGGCGAAAACAUUGAAGAUAAUUGUUGGAUCAUUGCAGUCCGAACUCGAAAGGGAGAAGAAGGAUUUAUCAGAGACAAAACAGAGAAACAGUGAAGAAACAAGAGAGGAGAGAUGUACAGAAAUAGCCAAGAAGUUGCAAGAAGCGAAUAGAGAGGCAGAGGAGGCAAAGUCACUUUCUGAAGCGGCUCGAGAGGAGCUGAGAAAGGCGAAGGAAGAUUCGGAUGAAGCGAAAACCGGAUUCUCUACAAUAGAAAGUCAGUUAAUCAAAGCGAAAAAGGAAAUGGAAGCUGCUAGAGCUUCUGAAAAGUUGGCCUUAGCCGCGAUAAAAGCGUUGCAAGAGACUGAAUUUGCUAGCAAAAUCGAAGAUAUUAGUAGUUCACCAAGAAGCAUAAUCAUUUCAGUGGAGGAAUAUUAUGAGCUAAGCAAACAAGCACAUGAGGCAGAAGAGGCAGCCAACAGAAAACUAGCAGAGAUCGUCUCCAAAAUCGAAGUGGCUAAGGAAGAGGAAUCAAGAAUCUUGGAGAAUCUUGAGGAAGUGAGAAGAGAAACAGCUAUAAGAAAGAUAGAGCUAAAAGAAGCAAUGGGAAAAGCCGAGAAAGCUAGAGAUGGGAAGGCUGGUAUGGAUCACGAGUUGCGAAAAUGGAGGUCGGAUAACGGGAAUAGGAGCCCCGAGGGGGGAAAUAAAGAGAACUUAAGCAAGUCGAAAUCGGCUUUACAUAAACCAACUUCAUUUACAUUUGGUGAGCAAGGAAGCAGUAGUAAUGUUACCCCUGAAGCAAAAAAGAAAAAGAAAAGGUUCUCUUUGUUGCCAAAGGUCUUCAUGUUCUUGUCAAGGAAGAAGUCAUCCAACAAGUGAGUUAUUCUAUUUGUAUGUCGUUAUGGAACUGGAAAAUAGAGUAUCUAAAUUGAGAGAGAACAGUGAACUUUUAAAUUUGUUGGUUAGAACAGAUUUGUUGUAUUCUUAAAAUGAAAUAAAGGUAUUGAUACACUUGUCGAAUAA